AAAAGAAAUUGCAGUGAAUCGUGAUUCCUGCCGGAGAGAGAGAGAGAGGUUUCCUGUGGUAUUAGAACAUAAAACCUCCCGUUCUCUUCUACUAUAGAUUAAAGAGCCGUAAAGUGUCAGCGACGUUUUACCACCCAACAUCUCCCAACUCUUGAUGACAUUUUGAGAAUCUUUUCCCAGUUCUUUUUGUGAAAUUGUUUUGUCUUUUUGGAAUCGGAUCAACCAUACCCAUUUCACUUUGCACUGCUUCUGUCUCUCGAUUGAGCUCUUGUUGUGUUACACACGCAAGAUCCGGUUUGGAUUGCGCUCGUUUCUGACUAUAUCUAACUUGUGUGGAAUUCAGGGCUAGAGGGCAAGUGCAUGCAGAGCGGGAUGGUAGAAUGCCAUGUUUGCCACUCAAAAUUGUUGUCCCCAACUUCCAAAACUGUGUCGAGGGCAUAUGACAGGCAUAGAAUUGAUGUUUCCUCAAAAUCACGUGUCCUGAACAUCCUUUUGGUUGUUGGUGACUGCAUCUUGGUUGGUCUACAGCCUAUAUUAGUUUUUAUAUCUAAGGUGGAUGGGAAAUUCGUGUUUAGUCCUAUAAGCGUCAACUUUUUGACUGAAGCAGCAAAAGUUGUUUUUGCUAUUGCUAUGCUUUUGAUCCAGGGCCGGCAUAAGAAAGUUGGUGAAAAACCUCUUCUAUCUGUUUCUACAUUUGUACAGGCAGCCCGUAACAAUGUGCUCCUUGCUGUUCCUGCCCUCCUGUAUGCUAUUAAUAAUUAUCUAAAGUUCAUUAUGCAGCUUUAUUUUAAUCCUGCAACCGUGAAGAUGUUGAGCAAUUCGAAGGUUUUGGUUAUUGCAAUUUUGUUGAAAAUAGUCAUGAGAAGGCGGUUUUCCAUCAUUCAGUGGGAGGCUCUUGCUCUGUUGCUAAUUGGAAUCAGUGUCAAUCAGCUAAAAUCCCUACCUGAGGGUACCACUGCCCUAGGUCUUCCAGUUGCAACAGGCGCAUAUAUAUACACCUUGAUAUUUGUCACUGUUCCAUCAUUGGCAUCCGUCUUCAAUGAGUAUGCUAUGAAGAGUCAAUUUGAGACGAGCAUUUACCUUCAGAACUUGUUUCUAUAUGGUUAUGGUGCCAUAUUCAACUUCCUAGCUAUUAUUGGAAUCGCCAUUUUCAAAGGCCCCAGUAGCUUGGAUAUACUGCAAGGACAUUCUAAGGCUACAAUGCUAUUAAUCUGCAACAACGCUGCCCAAGGGAUUUUAUCAUCAUUUUUUUUCAAAUAUGCAGAUACAAUUCUGAAGAAAUAUUCAUCAACUGUCGCCACAAUCUUCACAGGAAUAGCAUCUGCUGCACUGUUUGGUCAUACCCUGACUAUAAACUUUAUAUUAGGAAUCUCUAUUGUGUUCAUCUCUAUGCAUCAGUUCUUUUCACCACUCUCGAAGAUUAAGGAUGAACCACAGAAGGAUCAUUUGGAAAUGGACAAUGAGAAAAAUCAAAGGACAAAGGAUACAUCAGUCAUAAAUAUGGCAGCUGGGGCAAAUGACGACGCUAACCAUCGUGUUGGACAUGAUGAGAAAGCACCACUUCUUCCUCUCUAAGGAACUCUGGGGGUUUUAUUCUUGUGGUAGCUUCAACAGACAUUUGAGAAGAUAACAGUGGUUUUUUUAGUUAUCUAGUAUAGUAAAAAAUAUAUACAUUAAGAAAAAUUCAUCACAUCUUUCAGCAUUUCCCGUUCUCAAUCUUUCUGGGAUCCUUCAGUCACCCGGGCGCAGCCUCGGGUAGCCUCUUCUUAGUGUAUCAAUGCCUUGAGCAAGUCAAAAUUUACAAUAGAACAAAGUUAUAACCGCAUACAAAAUUGUAGAAAGUUUUGUAUUCAAACUCUUUAAUCUCAUAUCGAAAAUAAUAUAUAUUCCUUAUUCA